GGAGGGGAGGAGGGAGUGGGGCUUGUGGCAAACGUGGUUAGCAGGAAUGCAUGCAGCCCGCUCAUGCUCAUUCAUUCCUUCAUUCAUUCAGUGCUGAUAAAGCAGAUGAUGAAGAGGAUGAGGAUUUAACAGUGAACAAAACUUGGGUCCUGGCUCCAAAAAUACAUGAAGGAGAUAUCACACAAAUUCUCAACUCAUUGCUUCAAGGCUAUGACAAUAAACUUCGUCCGGAUAUAGGAGUGAGGCCCACGGUAAUUGAAACUGAUGUUUAUGUGAACAGCAUUGGACCAGUGGAUCCCAUAAAUAUGGAGUACACAAUAGAUAUAAUUUUUGCCCAAACCUGGUUUGACAGUCGUUUAAAAUUCAAUAGUACCAUGAAAGUGCUUAUGCUUAACAGUAAUAUGGUUGGAAAAAUUUGGAUUCCUGACACUUUCUUCAGAAACUCGAGAAAGUCUGAUGCUCACUGGAUAACAACCCCUAACCGUCUGCUUCGCAUUUGGAAUGAUGGACGAGUUCUGUAUACCCUAAGAUUGACAAUUAAUGCAGAAUGUUACCUUCAGCUUCAUAACUUUCCCAUGGAUGAACAUUCCUGUCCCUUGGAAUUUUCAAGCUAUGGAUACCCUAAAAACGAAAUUGAGUAUAAGUGGAAAAAGCCCUCCGUAGAAGUGGCUGACCCCAAAUACUGGAGGUUGUAUCAGUUUGCGUUUGUAGGGUUACGCAACUCAACUGAAAUCUCUCACACGAUCUCUGGGGAUUAUGUUAUCAUGACGAUUUUUUUUGACCUGAGCAGACGCAUGGGAUAUUUCACCAUUCAGACCUACAUUCCUUGCAUCCUGACAGUUGUGCUAUCUUGGGUCUCUUUUUGGAUCAAUAAAGAUGCAGUACCUGCAAGAACAUCUCUGGGAAUCACCACCGUUCUGACGAUGACAACCCUGAGCACGAUUGCCAGGAAGUCCUUACCGAAGGUUUCUUACGUGACAGCCAUGGAUCUCUUUGUCUCUGUGUGUUUCAUUUUUGUUUUCGCAGCCCUGAUGGAAUAUGGGACCUUGCAUUAUUUCACCAGCAACCAAAAAGGAAAGGCUACCAGGGACAGAAAGCUAAGAAGCAAGGCCUCGACGUCCUCUGGCCUGCAUCCCGGGUCCACUCUGAUUCCGAUGAGCAGCAUUUCUGUGCCGCAGGGCGACGGGGAUUAUGGGUACCAGUGUCUGGAGGGCAAAGACUGUACCAGCUUCUUCUGUUGCUUUGAAGACUGCAGAACAGGGUCGUGGCGGGAAGGAAGGAUACACAUCCGCAUUGCCAAAAUCGACUCUUAUUCCAGGAUAUUUUUUCCAACGGCUUUCGCCCUGUUCAAUCUGGUCUACUGGGUUGGCUACCUUUACUUAUAAUUUCCACUUGGUGGGCAAAAAUCGUUAAGUGUGACUAAACCCAAUGUUAAUCUUUUAUAAGAUGACGUUUAAAAAUUUAAAAUGCAGAGAGAAUCCAAUGGUUAAAAUGUGAAUAGUAUUGCAGUUAUUUUUAAGACCUUCAUGGGUAAAUAAAUUAGCAGCUUUCAGGUUAAUUGACAUGAAACUGGUACAAAAUCCAGUAUAUUAAAAUACGAUGAUAUAUUUUUAACUUUAAUUUUCUUUACUUAGAUCCUAUUGUGAUUUUGAAUUUGUAAUUUCCAUGAUUCAUAUUUUAAAGAUGGGAUGAUUUUAACAUAUAUUUUGUUUAAGUAUAAUCUAUCAUUAUCUGUAAUGUGACACCAAUGUUUAUUUAUGUAGUAAUUUUUUACCUAGAAAAGAUUGUUAAUUUGAUUUUUUUUUUUUUUUGCUUUUGAUUAGUAUGCCCCAUUUGGAAUACAGUUAGUUAAAAACAUAAUGCUGUGAUUUUCUUAUUUUUUAUUUCCAAGAUGUUUUACUCCCAAGAAGAAAUUGAUAUAUUUUUAAAUUAUAAGUUAUAGAAGACUUAUGAAAAGGCCAAUUUUACCUGUCUUUUAAUCCAGUCCAUUUCCUGACACAAUAUUAAAUAGAACUCUAGUGACGUUUACUUUGGUGAUUUGUAAACUUGAUGGAAAACACCAAAGUCAUUUUCUUUUUAAAUAGAUGGGUGAAAAAAAAUCAGGAAAAUUGUUAGGUUGAACCAUUUUAUUCUCCGCCCAUAGCAUUUAUAAAGUAUGAAGAGGUUAACACUGAAAUGUUAAAAUUUAUCAACACAAAUUAAAUGCAGAGAUAAAUUACUAUUUUUUUCUUUAUGUUCUACAAGAUUGUGACAGUCUAUAAAUUAACAAAAACACUGAGAAACAGUGUUGUAUUUACUCAUGGAGUGAAAGAAUUAUUACCUGGCAAACUGAGUUGCAGGUCAUGUUGAGAAUAUGGUCUUAACUAUGGACUAUUCAUAUAUUUUAGGCUGGUAAUAUCUGAGGGACAGUUUUAGGCCUCGGUCACUAUGUGCUUCUUCCAGUUUCAAAGUUCUAAAC